AACCAGCAGCGAGAACGGGUCUGGGGGCGGGAGGCCGGAGCAGCUGUCAGGCUGAAGUCUGGAGAGCAACGCGCGCCACCGCAGCUGUAAGAAGCGCGUAGCCGGGCCGGGCCCUGGAGAUGGUCCCCGGCGCCGCGGGCUGGUGUUGUCUCGUGCUCUGGCUUCCCGCGUGCGUCGUGGCUCACGGCUUACGCAUCCAUGAUUAUUUGUACUUCCAAGUACUGAGUCCUGGGGACAUUAGAUACAUCUUCACAGCCACACCUGCCAAGGACUUUGGUGGUAUCUUUCACACAAGGUAUGAGCAGAUUCACCUUGUCCCUGCAGAACCUUCAGAGGCCUGCGGGGAACUCAGCAACGGUUUCUUCAUCCAGGACCAGAUCGCUCUGGUGGAGAGGGGGGGCUGCUCCUUCCUCUCCAAGACCCGAGUGGUACAGGAGCAUGGCGGGCGGGCAGUGAUCAUCUCGGACAAUGCAGUUGACAAUGACAGCUUCUACGUGGAGAUGAUCCAGGACAGUACCCAGCGCACUGCUGACAUCCCUGCUCUCUUCCUGCUCGGCCGAGACGGCUACAUGAUCCGCCGCUCCCUGGAACAGCAUGGGCUGCCAUGGGCCAUCAUUUCCAUCCCAGUCAAUGUCACCAGCAUCCCCACCUUUGAGCUGCUGCAACCGCCUUGGACCUUCUGGUAGAAGAGUUUGGUCCCACAUUCCAGCCAUAAGCAACUCUGGGCUUGGAGGGGGAAUCCAGGAAUUCUGCUGUUUAGGUUUAAGGAUAGCAUUUGGGGACAGGUAGAAGAAAAAGGCCUGGGCCUUGGUUUUGCUAAAGAAAACCACACCACUGGCCUUCCCUUCCUCAGGGCCCCCAAAGGUGUCUCAUGCUAGGGGGCACAGGCAAUAGCCAGUCUCCAGGGCUUCUUGGUUAGAAUCUGGAACAAAAGGGGCUAAAGGUGGCCAUCUGUGAUCUGUCACACCCCAUCUGGCUCCAGCCUUCCUCACCCACGGUCUCCUCAGUGCCCUUCACAGCACUUGGUGAAGUGGUCUAAGGAGCUGGUGUUUGAGGACUUAAUAAACCCUCACUGACUUUUUAGCAAUAAAGCCUCUCAUCAGG